AUGUAUGAUACAGCUGCCAACAAGCUUCACUAUGAGAGCCCAGGUAGCGCUAGAAGCAACCCUCUGCUCAUGAUAGAUGGAGAACGUUUCACACAGAUCGUUGUGGAUGACAAUGUCAUUAACGACACGGAUGUCAUGUUUAGUAGUAUAGGUUUUGUAACAACAGCUUUCGCAGAGUUCCUCCGCGGGCAGCACAUCGACAGCCAUGAGGCGUUGAUCUCUUUCAACGUCGUGUCUUUGUUUACCAACGUCCCCAUAGAUGGCGCUUGCUGUGUGGCCCGUCGCCGCCUGGAGGAAGACCCUGAGUUGCCUGACCGGACAACACUCUCCCCUACUGAGAUCGUCUCCCUGCUGGAGUUUGUCCUGCGUUCCACGUAUUUCCUGUACGAUGGAGCGUACUACGAACAGACAGACGGAGCAGCCAUGGGUAGUCCGGUGUCAGCGGUUAUUGCCAAUCUGUACAUGGAAUCGUUCGAGGAGGAAGCCCUGCAGAGUUGCCCACCCGACUGCCGUCCUACUUUGUGGAAGCGGUACGUCCAUGGCACCUUUGUCAUUGCACCACGGGAUCAAACCAGCCAUCUACUCAACCACCUGAACAGCCUCAAGCCCAGCAUCCAGUUCACCAUCGAGAAUGAGCAAGACAACAGCAUCGCAUUCCUGGACACCAUGGUCCACAGGGAACCCGACAGCGGCCUGACCAGCACCAUAUAUCGCAAGCCUACCCACACCGACCAGUACCUGGCCUUUGACUCACACCACCCAAUGUCCGUCAAAAGGGCGUGGCCAAGUGCCUACAUGACCGCGCCUCACGCCGAGUCACCAGACCACACCACACAGCCGCCGAGAGACGCCGAGUAA